UUCGAGCUGGGGCUUUCUUCACUGCUGCCCGACGUCCCUCGGACUCACUCCCUCCCUUCCUUUCAUGGCGUGGAUCAGAGUCCUCGGACCCCGACCCUCGCUAUAACACCCCACACCCCCUCGCCCAAACCUUCCCCUCGUCUGAGGACUAAUCCUCAGGCUCAGAGAGAGAGAGAGAGAGAGAGAGAUCCAUGCGCUUCGCUAGCAAACCAGCCAUCGCCGACGAUUAGUCUCGUUGCUCGUCUCAGACUCCAGCUGCUGCAGCUCAAGAUCCAGCUCUUGGUCCUUUUGCUUUCCUUUCGUCUCCUGCCUGUCCUCCGGCUGGCACACUUGCAAUGAUAUAUGCCGAGGGCUGAGGCAGCAGAGAGCUGAGAGACGUCUGAGGUGCCAGCUACUUAAAGAGCAUGCUGUAGCCCGGGGAGCAGCAGCAGCAGCAGCAGUGGUAGUAGCAGGUCCAGGUCCAGAUCCAGAGGCAGCUUCGACUCGAUCGUGUCGCUGGACUUGUGCAGCAAAUCUGUGGCCGCCGCCAGCAGCAGCAGCAUCGUCAUGGACUCGUGCUGCAGCAGCAGGAGGAGGAGGAGUGUGCUGUGUGUGCUGCUCGUCCUCUGCUGCUCCGGCUCGAGCGGGACCCUGCGGGUGACGGCGCAGAAUCCCGAGGCAGCUCCGCCCGCUUCGUUCGUCUUCGGCGACUCGCUCGUCGACUCCGGCAACAACAACUACAUCGCGUCUCUGGCCCGAGCCAACUACGCCUCCAAUGGCAUCGACUUCGAGGGCGGCCAGGCCACCGGCCGCUUCUGCAAUGGCCGCCACGUUCCAGACAUCAUCGGUCAAUCGCUGGGAUUGCCAUUCGCGCCUGCGUAUCUGAACCCGGCCACGAAGGGGACUGCGAUUUUGAAGGGAGUCAAUUACGCCUCGGGAGGAGCUGGAAUUCUCGACGACACCGGUUUCACAUUCAUCGAGGUGAUCACCAUGGACAAGCAACUCACGUACUUCGAGAACACCAAGAGUCAGAUCGUCAACCUCAUCGGCCCGGCCGCCACCGACGAGCUGAUCACCAAUGCGCUCUUCUCUGUCACCAUGGGAUCCAAUGACUACCUCAACAACUACUUCCUGCCCGCCUCUCAGCGCGCGAAGAACUUCACUCCCAAGCAGUACCAAGACAUUGUCAUCAACAAGUACCGAGGCCAAUUGCAGAAAUUAUACGACCUCGGAGCGAGGAGAAUCGUCGUCGCCUCCGUGGGGCCUCUGGGGUGCAUCCCGUACCAGCUGACGGUGAGGUUGAGGCAGAACGGACAGUGCGAUCCCGAGAACAGUCUCAUCAUCAACUUCAACACCGCUCUCAAGGGCCUGGUGCAGGAGCUCAACUCCAAGAUCGGCAAACCCCAUUUCAUUCUCGUCAAUGCUUACGACAAAGUCAUCGACCUCGUCACCAACCCUGGCUCUUACGGGUUCGAGACAGGCAGCAAGGCGUGCUGUGGGAUCGGAGGCCAGUACAAUGGUUUGCUACCUUGCGUGCCGACAGUUCCCAUUUGCCAGGACAGGACGAAGAAUGUGUUCUGGGAUCCCUACCACCCGACUGACGCUGCGAAUCAGGUUCUGGCCAAGCAGUUCCUCGAUGGCAACGACGCGUACCCCUUCAACAUCAGGCAGCUGCUGAGCUACCAAUUCUAGAAUUUGUGAUCUGUCUUGGAAUUGUACACACACGAAAUUUUCUGAUGGGCGUAGUCUACAAUAAGAUUGGCUAUCAUAUUGAAAACAAAGAGGGUCAGCCACACCCUCCCUCGUCACUGAUUCGUAUUUCGAAGCGUAACUCGAUGAAGAGAGAGAAAGCGUUGCUGCUUAUCUUCCGACAGUUCACUCGAGAGUUGAGUCCUGUUCUGUUCGGGUCGUCGAUGAGAUGAUGAUCAUCGAGCAGUGAGUGAAUCAGUGAGGAGCAGCAGGGUCAAUGGAGUUGACUCUGAAAUCAGUUAGAUUCUCAGCUCGUCAAUUUAUUUGUAUGAGCCAAUUAGCUCAAAUCAUUAAAUGCAAUUUUUUAUACCUUC